AUGAGUCCACGCAUUUUUUUUUCCAGCAAUCUGCAUCCAAAAUUAACAUAUCGAACAGCAGGUUCCACAUGGCACACUACCACGUCCUGUGAUCGGCCUGGUUCAUCUUAUUUGCCUGAUUACAAAACAAGGUACGAUGAUAACUAUGCUUAUCGACGAAGUGCUCAUGAAAGCAAUAUGUCAGGUUAG